GGUGGUAUGGGCGUGGACCGCGGGCGUGGACGGUGGGCGCACGCGCGGUUUCGUGGAAUCGGUGGGUGCGCGCUGUGGCUAGGUGAUGCUGGCGAUCAGCAGCCCGACGUCCGAUGACGUCCAGCUAUGAGCUGCACGCGCCGGGCAAGAGCAAGCUGGUCGGUCAGGUGCAACAGCUGGACGAGGUGGAGCUGAUAUCGAUGGGUUCGCAGCCCGGCAUGGACGACCCGCAGGCGGAGAGCAGCCCGGGCAAAGCCCCGCAGUAUCUUCCGGACCAGUACUUCAAGGAUGGAGAGCGAAAAGUUGAUUUUAUCAUUGUUCGUACUCGCGAUCAAGCCGCUUCUGAAUUCGCCCAUACUACUCGUCAAGAGAUCUUUGAGGAGAACCUGAGAAAGGAAGGUCUUGAAUUGGAGGAGGAAAAGAUCGACGAAAACAGCCCGCUGACGUUCGUAAAGAUCCACACGCCAUGGGAGGUGCUCAGGCGCUAUGCCGAGAUUCUCAAGAUACGCAUGCCCAUGAAGCUGCCGGCCGGCCUCAACGCGCGCGAGGAUUUCAUACAGAAGGUGCCCGUCAUCCGCGAGAUUACCGACCUGGUGCAAAGCGUCGACAGCAGCCUGUUCGGCGUCAACCCCAAGAAGUUCCCGCCCAAGAACCAGAGCCUCACCGGCGUCUACAGCCGGGACCGCGAAUACCUGUUCGACAUGUCGGAGGGCUUCUUCACGCCGGCGGUGCGCGCGCGGGUGGUGGCCUUCAUCCUGCAGAGGAAGUGGUUCGUGGCGCAUGAUCCGGAGCACGAGUCGCUGAUGGACUUCGGCAUCGACAAGCUGCUGACCGACAAGACCUACCUGGCCAGCUACGCUCCCCACGAGGGCGACGUGCGGCGGCCGGGUAACCUGCGCUCGCGGCUGCGCGCCGAGUGGGCCUGCCUGCGCAAGUUCUACCGUCACCAGCCGCUCGACUACGUGCAGGAGUACUUCGGCGUCAAGAUCGCCAUGUACUUCGCCUGGCUGGGCUUCUACACGUACGCGCUGUUGCCGGCCGCCAUCGUGGGCAUCAUCUGCUUCGUCUACGGCAUCGUCACGCUGUAUGACGACACUCCCAGUAAUGACAUCUGCGCCGACAAAGAGGUCCUGAUGUGCCCGAUAUGCGACGUGUUCUGCGAGUUCUAUCGGCUGAACGACACCUGCACGCACGCUCGGGUCACCUACCUCGUCGACAACCCAUCUACACUGUUCUUCGCCAUCUUCAUGUCCUUUUGGGCGGCGCUGUUCCUGGAGAUGUGGAAGCGCUACUCGGCCGAGAUCACGCACCGCUGGGACCUGACCGGCUUCGACCUCAAGGAGGAGCACCCGCGGCCCGAGUAUCUCAGCAAGCUGAAGGACCUGCGCCAGGAGGUGAACAUCGUGACCAAGCAGCUGGAGCCGCGCGUCAGCUUCUGGAAGAUGCGGCUGCCCAGGAUGGUGGUCAGCGCCUCAGUCAUCCUGCUGCUGAUCACGGUGGCGGUGGCGAUCAUUGUGGGUGUGGUGUUGUACCGACUGUCGGUCCUGGCUUCGCUCGCCUACUGGAAGAACAACUACGUCAACAGCUUCGCCCUGAUCUUCACCAACGCCACGGCCGCCACCAUCAACCUCGUCAUCGUGCUGCUGCUGAACCAGGUGUACAACAGGAUCGCCCGCUUUCUGACGGACCUGGAGCUGCCCCGCACCCAGUCCGAGUACGACGACAGCCUUACGCUCAAGAUCUACAUGCUGCAGUUCAUCAACUACUACGCGUCCAUCUUCUACAUUGCCUUCUUCAAGGGCCGCUUCCACGGUUACCCGGGCCAGUACAACCGCAUCUUCGGCUACCGACAGGAGGAGUGUGGUCCGGGCGGCUGUCUCUGGGAGCUCACCAUGCAGCUGGCCAUCAUCAUGGUGGGCAAGCAGGCGCUGCUGACCAUCUGGGAGAUGGUGCUGCCGAAACUGUUCACCUGGCUGAGUAACCUGGGCAAGCUGCUGACGGAGAACAAGGAGGAGAAGCGGGAUCUGCCGCGCUGGGCGGCCGACUUCGCGCUGCUCAGCUGGGGCACGCAGAGUCUCUUCUGGGAAUACCUGGAGAUGGUGAUCCAGUUCGGCUUCGUCACCAUCUUCGUGGCGUCGUUCCCGCUGGCGCCGCUGUUCGCCAUCCUGAACAACACGCUGGAGAUGCGGUUGGACGCGCGCAAGCUGCUCACCUUCUACCGACGCCCGGUGGGCCAGCGGGUCCGCGACAUCGGCAUCUGGUACCGCAUCCUUAACAGCAUCGGCAGGCUCGCCGUCCUCAGCAACGCGUGCAUCAUCGGCUUCACGUCCAACUUCAUCCCGCAACUGGUGUACAAACUGGCGGUGAGCACGGAUGGCACGCUGACCGGCUACAUGAACCACAGCCUGGCCGCCUUCCGCGUCUCCGACUUCAGCCCGCAGUACCUGCCGCGCCGCAACGGCACGUUCGGCACCAUCGACACGUGCAGGUACAUUGACUAUCGGAACGGCCCGGACGACCCCAACCCGUACCAGCCGUCGGCCCUCUACUGGCACGUGCUGGCCGCCCGGCUACUCUUCGUUCUCGUAUUCCAGAACGUGGUAUACGUCAUCAUGCAGCUGGUGUUCUGGAUCACACCGGACAUACCGCGGAAGCUGAAGGAGCGUAUUCAGCAGGAGAACUAUCUGGUCCAGGAGAUGAUCGUCGAGAUGGAGCUGUACCGGUCCCGCGGCGAGGACCCCGACACGCUGGGCGAGACGCUGCUGCAGCGGAUCGUCGGGGACCCGGAGAUGCUGGAGUCGAUGGUGUCGAGGUCAAGGCCGGAUGGAGUGACGCGGAGGUCGACUCGGCACGCUCCCUGCCACACGUCCAGUGAAGACGCCGCCGGUGACUCGCACGAGAGGCUGCACGCGCAGGUGUGAGAGCCAUCUGGAGAACGCUCGGUGAAGUUGUAGUUCGGGUGAAGACCGUCGGUAACAACUUUCAAGCAAUUCUCAGGUUUUUUUGGUGAUGCCUGGCUCGGUUCGGGGCAGAAGUGAUGCUCUCUGUCUUGUCAUUCUAAUUUGUAGGCUCUGGUGUGGACGCACCGAUGAUGCAUGCCUUUUAUACUGUAGAAAUACUUAUUUUUCGGAAAGGAAACCACUCGAUGCCUGUGCGUGUCGAGAUUCGCCGUACUUAGGCUUCAGGGAUCUUUUAAGAAUACCAUUAUCUACUGAACCUCAUCUUCACAAUAACAUUUGCUUAGGUGUCUUUUGUAGAACCGUGUCACGCGAGAGCUGUUCAAAACAGGUCUGAUUGUGUGUGCUGCUGCUGCUUUCGCUCGGUGACCUGGAGCUGCAGAAUGCCACCCAGGUCGCACACGAGCUUUGCCGCUCCUCCAUGUAUCCGCUGUGGUGCAGCCGUUGAUGUCUGGGAGGGUGCCUAUCUCUAGGCGUUUUGCGGUCUGUCAAUGCCUUUCCGGUGUAUUCAGAUACGAUUAAUGAUAUUCUGAUUGUCACGAGUGUUGCUCUGGCGAUAGCGUGGCUGCCCUUCGUAUGCGUGUUUUGCUCGCGUUAUCAUGGAUACUCUUCAUGACCACUCUUGCGUCAGUCAGCUGCCUUUGAUAUUUGAUUAACAGUUUUUCGGGGCCUGCUGCGCUUGAACUAUCAUUGGAUGCGAACGAGUUUAGUACACACGAGUUCAAAUCAAAUACUGCGAUGUUCAAAUAGCCUUUUCCAGAUGUGUGAGCAUUGCUAGCGACUUUCGACACAAGUCUGCGUUAUUGUGCCUGGAUAGGUAGCGGCGUGUACCGUGGGGCACAGACAGUGAACCGGGCUAGGUCUCUGACAAGUAGGAUAAGGGAGGAAAGCAAGCGCCUUGUUUUGCGUGCUGCUGCGCCCUCCUCCGUAGGCGUUAUCACCACAUGUUGGUCAUGCCGUGCUGUCGCACGAUGUUGUGUUGACGGGUGUGUGCACAGAGCUUCCUCGUGCCACCACUGAACGCUGCAAUAUUGUGUGCGUCAGUCACGCCACGCACGCCAAGAUGGCGUCAUACGAGCACACGGCUGGGUGUGCCACGUGGUUGUAUUGCUCUACAAAUGAUUAUUUUUGUCACUGACGAGCGACGCUGCGCAUGUCGACCGAAAGGCCACCAGCGGCCGUCAGGGUGGCCUUAGCUCUCCGUGUACCGCCGCGCGUCGCCAGUGAGCAGGCACGGAACUGCCGCCACCAUUGGAAGCCGCCUUGCGUCGCAUUCUGGGGUGUGUCUAUGUUAUGCCCGACCAGCUUGCCUGCUUCCCAAUACAUAGACUUGCAUGUU